GCUUUGGGACUGGCACUUUUAAUCCACGUGAUUUCUCGGCAGCCGCGGCGGGUUCCAUGAACUAGCGAACAGCGCUAAGUGGCCACUUUCAGUUUCGCACCGAGCGCGGUGGAGCAGGCGUCGAGUCGCACCUGCACUAUGAAAACAGGACACAAACUGAAGGGCUUAAGACAAGGCCCAGACACUCCAGAGAGCCUCUGCGUGGGAACGCUGGACCAUCUAUCAUGAUCCAAGAAGCCAGGGCCAGCCUCUGAUGGACUCUGAGAGUCUCCGACUGAACACUGAGAACCUGUGGACCAGGCUUGUGAGUCUGCUGAGUAAAAACUCAGAAUGGCUGAGUGCCAAGGUUAGGUUCUACCUCCCUACCGUGGACCUGGAUGGCAGCAAGGCCCUUGACCCUGAGAGCAUUGAUGUUCAGCUCAGGAAGCUGCACACCCAGAGCCGGGCCACCUGGGAGUCUUUCAUCCAUAGUCUGUGCAUGGAGCUUGACGUGCCUCUAGAGCUGGAGGUACCACUGCUGAGCAUCUGGGGCCCAAAAGAUGAACUCUCUAAGCAGUUAGGAGCUGGUGAGGACAGCCAUCCUGGACCUCCGCUUCACCACGGUGUCAAGCGCCCUUUUCAGAGCUAUGGGUCCUCACCCCGCCGGAAGCACUGCAGGAAGCAGCAGCUAGAGCUCGCUGAGAAGUAUCUGAAGCUCCUGAAGACCUCUGCCCAGCAGUACCAUGGCGGUGAAUGCCCAGGAGCAAGGCGUACUCGUGCCUCCCCACAAGUCUACAUCCCCCCAAUUCUACAGUGGAGCCGGGGUACAGCACCCUUGGACGUUCAGGAGGGAGCCACUAAAGAAGACCCCGAGGCCACAGACGACACUGAUGUGAGCUUCCAGGAUCUCUUCAAUUUCAAGGCCCCCAAGGGACCUCGAGUGACAGUCCUGCUGGGAAAGGCUGGGAUGGGCAAGACCACGCUGGCACGUCGGCUCUGCUGGAGGUGGGCUGACGGUCAGCUGGACCGCUUCCGGGCUCUGUUCCUUUUUGAGUUCCGCCGGCUCAACCUGAUCACACAUUCGCUGACACUGCCCCAGCUCCUUUUUGAUCAGUGCCUGAGCCCCGAGUCAAACCCUGAUGCUGUUUUUCAGUACCUGGAGGAGAAUGCCCACCAAGUCCUGCUCAUCUUUGAUGGGCUGGACGAGAUCCUCCAUGCUAGUUCCACGGGCGCUGACAACAGAGGUUCAGCCCUCGCCCUCUUCUCCGACCUCUGCCGUGGGACCCUCCUGCCGGGCUGCUGGGUGCUGGCCACCUCUCGUCCUGGGAAACUGCCUGCCUGUGUGCCCACAGAGGCCGCCAUGGUGUACAUGUGGGGCUUUGAUGGGCAGCGGAUAGAGAAGUACGCCAGCCACUUCUUCAGUGACCUGCUGUUACAGGAGCUGGCCCUGGCGGAAAUGAGAGCCAAUGAGCGCCUCCGGGGAAUGUGUGCAGUACCUGCACUGUGCAGGGUCGCCUGCUUCUGCCUCGGCCGCCUGCUUCCCGGAAGCCCUCCAGGGCAGUCUACGGCCCUCCUGCCCACCGUAACCCAGCUGUUCCUGCAGAUGGUGGAAACGUUUAGCCCCCAUGGGACUCUGCCUGCCACAUCCUUGUUGGGCCUUGGGAAGGUGGCCCUUAGUAGACUGGACAUUGGGAAGGUCAUUUUCUCUAUGGAAAAAGACAUUAGUCCUUCCCUGAUGGCUUUUGGAGCGGCCCACAGCCUCCUGACCUCCUUCUGUAUUCGUACCAGCCCUGAGCACCAAGAAAUAGGCUAUGCCUUUGCCCACCUUAGCCUGCAAGAGUUCUUUGCCGCUCUGUAUCUGAUGGCCAGUGACACGGUAGACAAAGAAACACUCACCUACUAUGUCACACUCAAUUCCCAUUGGGUGCUGCGGACCAAAGCUAGGCUGGGCCUCUCCGACCAUCUCUCUACCUUCCUGGCAGGCCUGGCAUCCCACAACUGUCGUGCAUUCCUUUGCCACCUGGCUCAACAAGAGGAAGCCUGGGUGAGCUCCAGGCAGGCUGCUGUUGUUCAGGUGCUGAGGAAGCUGGCUAGCCGGAAGCUUACGGGGCCAAAGAUGAUAGAAUUGUAUCACUGUGUGGCUGAGACCCAGGAGCUGGAGCUGGCGCAGUUCACUGCCCAAAACCUCCCCGUCCAGCUCUCCUUCCACAAUCUCCCACUGACCCGUGCAGACCUGGCUGCACUGGCCAACAUUUUGGAGCACAGGGUUGCCCCCAUUCACCUGGAUUUUGAUGGCUGCCCACUGGAGCCCCAAUGCCCAGAGGCUCUGGUAGGAUGUGGUCAAGUUGAGAAUCUCAGCUUUAAAAGCAGAAAGUGUGGGGAUGCCUUUGCAGAAGCCCUGGGCAGGAGCUUGCCUACUAUGGGGAGCCUGAAGAUACUAGGGUUAACAGGAAGUAAGAUCACAGCCCAAGGCAUCAGGCACCUGGUACAGGCUUUGCCCCUCUGUUUCCAGCUGGAGGAGGUCAGCUUGCAUGACAACCAGCUGAAGGACCCAGAGGUGAUGAGCCUUGUGGAGCUGCUCCCUUGCCUGCCAAAGCUCCAGAAACUUGACCUGAGCAGAAACAGCGUCUCCGUGUCAGCAUUGCUGUCCGCGGUGAAGGUGGCCAUCACGUGUCCUACUGUCAGAAAGCUGCAGGUCAGGGAGUCCGACUUCAUCUUCCUUCUGUCCCCGAUUGCAGAGACAGCUGUGCAGCAGUCAGGAGCAUCAAACCUACAGGACAAAGACAGCCUGAAGGAAGAAAGACAGAGCCUGGAACUCAGGCUUCAGAGAUGUCAGCUCAGGGUCCAUGAUGCAGAAACCCUUGUGGAGCUACUCCAGAAAUGUCCCUGCCUGGAAGAAGUGGAUCUUUCAGGGAACCAUCUGGAAGAUGAAGGCUGUCGACUUGUGGCAGAGGCUGCUUCCCAGCUGCGAAUUGCCCAGAAACUGGACCUCAGUGACAAUGGCCUCUCUAAGACUGGGGUGACCUAUGUGUUGAGAGCCAUGAAAACAUGUGGGACCCUGAAGGAGAUGCAUAUCAGCCUGCUGACCAACACCGUGGUACUCACAUUUGCCCAGGAGCCAAGGGAGCAAGAGGGGAGCUGCAAGACGGAGGCACCACUUACCAGCUUUGCAUUUUCUUUGACCUCGGAGAUGUCCGGGAGCUCUCGAAGAAUCAGGCUGACACAAUGUGGCUUCCUGGCCAAGCACACAGAGAGGCUCUGCGAGGCGCUGAGAGCCAACUGCGAGCUCCACCACUUGGAUCACCUUGACCUAUCAAACAACUCUCUGGGGGAUGAAGGGGUGGCCCUACUAGCCCAGCUGCUCCCAGGACUAGGUCCCCUGCAGUCCUUGAACCUUAACAGGAACGGUGUGUCCCUGGAUGCUGUGUUUGGCUUGAUCGCAUGCAUGUCUUCCGGGCAGUGGGUGUUCCACCUAGAUGUCAGCCUUGAGAAUGACCACGUCCUCCUUCGAGGAGCUGGAACAAGCAGGGAUGCACUAGCUGGCAGAUGUGGACAAGAGCCCCCAGCUGGAGCCCCGUUACUGGCAGGCAGUCAGCGCUGCACCUCCAGGAGCUUCAGCCUUCAGGGGUGUCAACUGGAACCUCGGAGUCUUGCCUGCCUCUGUACUGCUCUGGAGAAGUGCCCAGGGCCUCUGGAAGUCAACUUGUCCUGCAAGACCCUGUGUGAUGAGAGCCUGAAGACCCUGCUGCAGUGUCUGCCCCAGCUGCCCCAGCUCAGCCUGCUGCACUCCAGAGGAUCCGAUGCCUUCUUCUGCACUCUUUGGGGAUGCUGCCUCUUCCAUACACACAGGCUGAACCACACAGUCCUAUCUUCAAAGAGCCCCUUCCUGCUAGCCGACAUCUUCAACCUGUGCCCACGAGUUCAGAAGGUCACUCUCAGGUCCCUAUGCGAUGCUGCCCUGCACUUUGGCUCCAAGGAAGAGCAAGAGGGUAUAUGCUUUGGCUUUCCGGGGUGCAGCCUCGGCCAGGAGCAGGUGGAGUCACUGUGUUGUGCACUGAGCAGCUGCAACGGUCUCAUCCAGCUUGACCUCAGGGACAACCUGCUGGGUGACGGUGGGCUCAGGUGCCUUCUGGAAUGCCUGCCACAGUUACCCAUCUCUGGAUGGCUUGACCUCAGCCACAAUGGCAUCUCUCAGGAAGGGGUCCUGUGCCUGCUGGAGACCCUGCCUUCCUGCCCUCGUGUCUGUGAGGUCUCUGUGAGUCUGGACUCUGAGCAGGACUUCCGGAUACGCUUGUCCAAAGAGGAAGAAGCUGGGACAAUAAUGAGGCUAUGUGAGUGCAGCUUCAGUCCAGAACACAUAUCCAGACUGGCUACCAGCCUGAGCCAGGCCCAACAGCUGACAGAGCUCUGGCUGACCAGGUGCCACUUGGACCUGCCACAACUGACCAACCUCCUGAGUCUGGUGAAUCGACCAGCAGGGUUGCUGGGCCUCAGGUUGGAAGAGCCCUGGGUGGGCCACAUCAGCUUACCAGCUGUGGUGGAAGUCUGUGCCCAGGCCUCAGGAUGCCUCACUGAAUUAAGCCUCUCCGAGACCCAGCUGUGGCUCUGGCUGGAAUUUCCUCACCAGGAAGACAAUUCCGAGGCCAUGGCAAACAGGUUGGCUCACUGUGACCUGGGAACUGACCACAGUCUUCUUAUGAGACAGUUGAUGGAGACAUGUACCAGACUGCAACAGCUCAGCUUGUCUCAGGUUAACUUCAGUGACGAUGACACCACCAAGUCCAGGCUGCUGCAGAACCUCCUGCUGUCUAGCUGUGAACUCAAAACCUUCCGACUGACCUUCAGCUGCGUAAGCACAGAGAGCCUGGUCCACCUGGCAUCUGGUCUGAGAUACUGCCACCAUCUGGAAGAGCUGGAUUUCUCUAACAACCAUCUCUUUGAGGAGAACAUAGAGCUACUGAUGGGAGUCCUUCAGGGGACCUGCAGGCUAAAGAGGCUGCACCUCAAUCACGUUCCACUGGAAGUCUCCUCCCUGGCCUUGCUCAUUCAAGGACUAAGUCACAUGACCCUACUGCAGCACCUUAGCUUGAGACACGACCAGAUUGGAGACGCGGGUACCCAGAACUUAGCGGCCAUCUUGCCAAAGCUUCCAGGGCUCAGGAAGUUAGACCUCUCAGGGAACAGCAUUGGCCCAGCGGGGGGAGUGCCGUUGGCAAAGUCUCUCAUCCAUUGCAGGUGCUUGGAGGAGAUCAUACUGGGCAACAAUGCUCUGGGGGACCCCACGGCCCUAGGGCUGGCUCAGAGAUUGCCUCCACAACUGAGGGUCCUGUGUCUGCCAUCCAGCCAUCUGGGUCCUGAGGGGGCCCUGUGCCUGGCCCAGGCCCUGGAGCAAUGCCUACACAUAGAAAAGUUCAGCUUGGCAGAGAAUAACCUGGCUGGAUGUGUCCCACAUUUCCGCAAGAGUCUCCCACUGCUCAGACAAAUUGACCUGAUUUCCUGCAAAAUUGAUGACCAAGUUGCCAAGCACCUUGCCGCCAGCCUCAUGCUCUGCCCAGCUCUGGAAGAAAUCUUGCUGUCCUGGAACUUCCUGGGUGACAAGGUGGCUGCUGAGUUGGCCCAGGUCCUGCCACAGAUGGGGCAGCUGAAGAGAGUGGACUUGGAGAAGAACCGGAUCACAGCAUGUGGAGCCCAACUCCUGGCUCAGGGGCUGGUCCAGGGCUCCCGUGUGCCAAUCAUUCGCCUCUGGAACAACCCCAUUCCUGCCGAGGUGGCCCAGCGUCUACAGAGCCUGGAGCCCAGGUUGGACUUUGCCUUCUUUGACCAGCAGCCCCAGGCUCUUUGAAGAACUUGAUGGACCUCUCAAGACUCUUGGGACCAGCCCAGUGACAACCACAUCACCCACCAGGAAAAGGGGCUCAGGAGAAGAGCCUCAGUUGGUGCCCAGCAUCCUAUGAAUGCCCCAGCGGGGGAAGAGUGUGUUUGUUUUAUCACGAUCCUUAGGGAGAACUUUCUUGGGAACUGAGAGCUUUGACUAAAAGAGGACCGUACAUCAUAUAUGGCAUGUGUUACCAGUGGGACACUGGCACAAUGAGAGUACUAUGAUGUCAUAUAUGACAGGGAAGGCUUUGUAUGGUGCACUGUGACCAAGACACGGAAGGUCAUACUCACGACAGAGUAGGUCAUAUAUGUGGCAUUACGUGGAACUUACAGUGAGUGUGGUAUCUGGUCAGUGGCUCUUAGCACCGUAAAUAGUGGUGUAUGUGAUCAGGGAUCCACCUAUGACAUGCUGUCUAUAUCAUAUAACACUCAGCUUGCCAGGGGACCACAGGCAAGUCCAAGACCUAAUUUAUUACUAUUUAAAAAACAGAAAACUAGGCGAAUAAUAUAGGCCUCAUAGCUGUUCAGGAAUCUGAGGCAGAGGGGUUGCAAAUUUGAUACACUCCUGUCUCAAAAGGUUAAAAAGGACUGGGAUUCAGCUUAGUGGGAGAAUGCUUGCCUAGCAUGUGAAAUCCUAAGCUGGAUACUCAGUAUCUUUUCUUUCUUUUUUCUUUUUUCUUUUUUUUUUUUUUUGGUUGGUUUUUCGAGAUAGGGUUUCUCUGUAGCUUUGGAGCCUGUCCUGGAACUAGCUCUUGUAGACUAGGCUGGUCUCGAACUCACAGAGAUCCGCCUGCCUCUGCCACCUAAGUACUGGGAUAAAAGGUGUGCACCACCACUGCAUAGCAAAGUAUUAUUUCUUUAAAAGUAUUUAUAAGUGAAUCUGGAGCAGCUAAGUGAUAGCAUUUCUGCCCUGGGCUGGGAGGGAGAGAACUGACUGGCUCAACAGCCUAUAGUCAGGGCUCUGGGCAUGCGGAGGACUCAGCACGAAGUCCCCUCCUACCGGAGCUCGGUUCUCCCUUCUGUUCUUUGGUAGCCCUCCCUUCCAAGGAUUUUCAGCCCAGGCUUAGGAGCUAGUUUGAUCUUGGGACAGUUCAAACUCACCUGUUCUUUCCUGGUUUAAGGAACAAAGCCAAACAUAAGGGUCCAGGGAUGGGUACUUUUAGGACAUUAGGUAAGGCCACUGGGCCCACCCACUACCUCAGCAGGAUUCUGAAACCCCUUGAGGCUCCGUGUUUUUUGUAACUUCCAAGAGGGGGAAAGAUAGCCUCGUUACACUCCAAGUUAAACGAUCAAUAAACGCAGUCUUCCUACCCGUG